AUAUUUAAUUUUAUCAUUGGACUCUGAAAAUGACACCAUAACUUAAGUGUAUUAAAGUGAAGCUUCUGUAGUGACCACCACUGUGAAUAUGCUGGAACAAAAUGAUGAAACAGAAAGCCUGCUUUCUACACAAAACAAUGUCAGUAAUGGAGGGGCAUCCACGUCAGUAAACCCCCCUUCUUAUGCAAAAGCUGCUGGUGAUUUGACGGAGCAGCCACCCCCAUAUAGUUUCACAGCCCCUAACAUUGUAUCCGUGCCCUCUGAUGAAACAUCUCCUGUUAUGCAAAUGGCAGUCAUAAACUGCAGGGUGUGUCAGACAUUGCUACACGUUGAAGGGAAGCUACACCUUCAUGUUAUUAAAUGUUAUGCUUGUGGAGAAGCCACACCAAUUCGACCACCGCCUGCACAGAAGAAGUAUGUUCGCUGUCCAUGUAACUGUUUACUUAUUUGCAAAAUUAGCUCACAGAGAAUCGUAUGUCCGAGGUCAGAUUGCAAACGUGUAAUAAGCCUCAAACCUGUUGUGCCAAACCCUGUUUCAGAUGAAGUAAGCAAUUUAAGUAGACGCGUCAUCUGUGCUCACUGUUUAUACCCAUUCUAUUGGACCCGGCCAUCUAGCACAAGAGCAAAAUGUCCCCAAUGCAAGAAAACGUCUUCGGUUGGAAACAAAUAUCGACGGCAGAGAAUUCAGUGCUUUGGAAUCCUUAGUUUAAUAUCAUUGUGCAUAGCUAUAAUUGUUAACAUUGUAACAUACCACCAACAGUUUGGUGUUGUACUCAAAUACGGUUUGUGGGGAUUGCUUUAUUUCAUUUCCUUUGUUGAGGUUAUUAUCACAAUUUACUUUUUAAGAAUGAGAGUCAGUAAUUUGGAAAGACCAUCGCAAUUACGUUACACAUAAAGCUUCUUCCGAAAAAGUGCUAAACUAAUUGACUUUUGUCAUUUCUCAUCGAAUUUGAGAAUAUAAUAACAGCAUGUUUAUGUUGUAGUACCGCCAAUAGUAGUCAUUUACAGGGGCCAGUUUCAGUUAACACCACAAUAAUUUUUUUAUUUUUUUAUUAAAACUAACAAUUUGUCAAAGUGUGUAUUCUGAAACGGAAAAGUUGUAUCCAAAUUGGUUAUAAUUGUUUCUAAAGAAUGUUAGAUUUGUUUCCUACUCAGUACAGUACUGUUUCUUUUGAUCAUUUUUGCCGUUUUUUUUUCUUAUUUCCUCACUUUACAGAACAUUAGAUUUAUAGUUAUAACUUGUGAAGCAAUUUCUGACAGUUACUAAUACUUGAGAUUGACUUAACCGGUUAAACCAGCACUUUGUCGUGUUAUAUGUGCAAUUGAUCAUUCUUUAAAUAGAAAUCUUGAUAUAUCUCAUGUUAUAGAAGUACUAAAGCAUACAAAUGUACUAUGUUUAAGUACAGUGUAAAAAAAGCCUUCUUCAGUUACUUGUAUUUUGUUUAAGUAAACUAGUAACAUGGGACUGUUUAUUCCGUUAAGAUUUUUAAUAUGUCAUUCUUAAGCAUAUUUAAAUUCAAUAUCGAUUUUCAGCAUAAACACCUUUGGAACAGUAGCUGUUGAAAAUCUGUUUAAAUAUAAAUAUUGCAUUGUUCAUUUUUAUUUCAUUUAAAAACCAGGCUAAUAAAUGCAAGCUGUACUUUGACGUAAAUGCCAUUGCACAAAAGGAGUAAAAUUAAUCUUAUUACCCAAUCAAACUGCAUUUAAUUCAAAUAAAGCUGUUUGAAUUAUUAUACCAAAAUAGUCUUUUUAGAUUGAAGUCUUUUCUUUAAAUUUGUGCGAGUGCUACAUACAUGUAAUAUACAGUAAUGUACAACUAUCAUUGCAUCGUGUAAAAAGAACAAUAAACACAAUGAGAACA